CCAAUGGCGACCGACGAAAGCGGAAUAUAAGGGCUGCUCUGUGGGGGGAACCUGGAGCUGAGCAGGGCUAAUUUAUGUCGCUGUGUGCCGCUUUUAGGAGCGCGGUGGGAAGGUAGUGACCGAAGCUCCGCAUCCAGUGUCCGUGCGUCCUCGCUGUCCUGCAUGGAGUAGGACUCUCCUGUAAAAAGACUGCCUUCUCCAGAAUAUGCCUUGUCUCCACGGUAACAGGCCUCAGGCAGACCCAGAAAAACAUUGGGCCAGACUGGUCCAGCUUCGUCCCGCCUACCUGAUCCUGGACUGCACUGAAAAAGAUUUUAACAACAAUUAUACAAUAAAUGACUCCAAAUAUGACUGUACUUCCUAUAUUUUCCCUUGUAUUACAAGUAUUUUUGUCAGUUGGAGUCAGCUCCCAGAACCCAGUAUGCCUUAAACCUAAAACUUUCUUUCUGUUCUGACUCAACAGCACCUUAGUAAAUAUUACUUUCUGAGGUUUUGGGAACACAAUGCAAAGGGCGGUUUAUACUAUUUAAAUAAUUUCUGAAACUAAGAGGUGAAAAGUUGCUCUCUGUAAUUCAAGAUUGUCCCAGAUCAUUAUGUUGGGGAUUCACUUAUUCUCAAUCAAGAGGUCCUAAACUGUGCAGCAGCAGACCCAGAUUGGUCUGAUAAGAGUCCUAAGCCAGGGCCAGGAUGCACCAGCUGUUCAGCCAGGUGCUGGGUCAGAGGGAUCUGUCCAGAGCGGGAGAUUUGUUCUCUCUGGAGGAUGCAGAGAUUGAAGACUGCCUGUCUCAAGCUCUAGACCAGAUCAAGGUCAUCUCCUGCUCUCCGGACUAUUUGACCAAUGACAAUGACCAGGCUGUGGUGGAGAUUUGCAUAACUCGCAUCACCACGGCCAUAAGGGAGACCGGCUCCAUCGAGCGACACAGCACGGCUCUGGUGCUACUGUGGGAGUCGUGCCUGGAGCAUAACCUCACCCCGCAAGGUGAAAACACAGAGGACACACCGCACGCCAAGAUAGCGUCUGACAUCACCAGCUGUAUCCUGCAGAACUACAGCUGUCCGUCGGUCAUGGUUCUGGCUGUCCCAGUAGCAGUAAGGUUCCUGCAGAGAGGGAACAAGGAGCUGAGCAGGAACAUGUCCAGUUACCUCUCCCUGGCUGCUAUCGCUAAGGCUGAUCUGCUGGCUGAACACACAGAGGCCAUAACAGUCAGUGUGCUGGGAGGUAACCACAUGCUGUUACGAGUUCUGCCCUCCGUCUAUCCCAGACAACCGGACACCAUCCACCGUCACCUAGGCAACCUUACUGCCAUGAUGUCACAGCUGGAAUCUCCAGAGCAACAACACCUUAUCAGACUUAUUCAAAUAGUUGCUGAGCAACAUCCACUCAUGUUGAGCCCUCAGGUGCCUACGUUGGUCAGUUACCUAGGUGACCAGUCCCUGACUGAGGCUCUACUGGGUGCUCUUGUGGACGUGUCACAGGCCAGUCCUUCCUCAUUGGUCAGCUUUUUGCCUGCACUCAGGAUUGUGGGACAGCAGUGUCCUGCUUUCUUGGGUCAUGUGGCCAAAAUCCACAGUGCUGUGGGCAUCAUCAGUGAGACUCAUGCUCACAGCUCAUUGGUCUACCUGGUGUCCCUUCUGGGCAGCAUGGACCACAGCUUUCACCACACCCUGCUGCUGGAGAUCAGAGCUCUGACCGACCGUUACCCCGCUUUACUGGGAGGCUGCGGUAAAGACAUUUACAGGAUGAGCAACUCUUUCACCGCUAUAGCCAGACUGCUGGGAAGACGACUGGAGGAGAAAACAUCUACACACUGCAGGGUGGAUGAGGCGUGUCCGUCUCCCCGGGCAGCCCUUCCAGGUGGAGGAGCGUCAGAGCAGCGGCUGAAGGUGAAGAUCCAGGCCUUCGAGGAGAAAAUGGGGGAGGAGGAGGAGGAGGAGGAGGAGGUGGAGGAGGAGGAGGUGGAGGAGGACUCUCCCGCCCCCCAGCGGCGCUACAGCCUGAGCCAAGCCGUCAGGGAGGAGAGACGUGAGAUGAGAUUCAACAGGUCAAAGAGUCUGGCUCUCCACGCUGUACGUUCGCGCUCCAUCAACUCUGACACUGGAGAAGACUGUGAAGGAGUGGAGCUGAGUACAGACAACGCUCUGUCCAACACUUUGUCUAAUCACCACUCAGAACACCAGGAAGCUUCACCUGCUGAGAAGAGACUGACGGGUGACGGCUCUCUACCCAUCACUGCUGCACUGGACAGAGGAGUUAAAGAGGCUGAGAAAGGCCAAAACAGAGAGAGGGAUGGAGAGAAAGCGGAGCAGGGAGAAGCUGACAGACUCUUUAUUCAUUUAAGAGACAAUAUGGAGGCAAUCAGAGGGUUCUGUAAAGACAUGGUGCAGCAGAUCCCCAUACCGGAGCAGUGUGUCAUAGAAGAUUCACAUCGAGGCUGUGUGGCCAAGCUGUCGUUCUCUUGUCCUUUGAAGGGCCACUACUGUCUGUACGCCAAGUCCUGCUUCAACCUGACCAGCCGACAACCUCAUCUUUGGAUUCACAUCAUGCUGCUGCAUCUACAGAGUAAGUCCAGUGUCGCUCUGUGCACCAGCGACGAGUGUGUCCAAAGACUGGCUUCCCUUUGGGAGAAGACGCAGCUUAAAGGAGCUCACAGCUUUUCUAUGGCCAUGACACAGCACACCACCCCACACAGGAAGGACCUGGACAAUCUUCAGAUCCAGCUGGAAGAGGUGCGUUUCUUCGACCUGUUUGGUUACAGUGAGGAGGAAGACGGUUGGCUCUGCUUCAUGUGUAACAACCCUGAGAAGGCCACAGUUGUGAACCAGGAGGGACAACCUCUAAUCGAAGGGAAGCUCAAGGAAAAGCAGGUCCGUUGGAAGUUUAUUAAACGCUGGAAAACCCGUUACUUCACCUUGGCAGGAAAUCAGCUACUCUUCCGGAGAGGCAAAUCAAAAGACGAGCUGGAUGACAUCCCCAUUGAGCUGAGCAAGGUGCAGAGUGUCAAGGUGGUGGCCAAGAAGCGUCGGGAUCGGGGUCUGCCGCGGGCCUUUGAGAUCUUCACCGACAGUAAAACCUACGUGCUGAAAGCUCAGGAUGAGAAACACGCUGAGGAGUGGCUGCAGUGCAUCAACGUGGCUGUAGCUCAGGCCAGAGAGAGGGAGAACAGAGAGGCUACCACCUACCUGUGAGAGCAGCACAGACACAGAGCUACGUUUAUUCUGUAGGACAAAAAAAAAAAAAAAACAUCUCAACAAGCUCAACACAAAUUACACUGCCAGUAAGCACUUCACAUCUGUAUUCAGCGGUUAAACCACUCAGAAACAAUCAAAGACUUAUUUAGCAGUGUUUCCAGAACUACAACUUAUUAAACCAGCAUAUAAAGACUCUUGACACGUGUAUCCAAGUCUACUGACUGCCUGUACUUGCUGUUACAUUACACCAUGGACCUGCUUAGAUGUGUGUGACACAUCCAUCAUCAGUGAUUCUACAUGAAUGUUACAAAUAAGUGAUUUAAGUUCUGUUUUAAGAUCUUCACCUGACCGGACCAAACAGUAUGGAAACUGAAAGUCUUCUUAAAUUUGGACUCUCACUUCAAUGAGCAAACAAAACCAGCAUCUGCAGUCUCUUGGGAUUCCUGAACUUAGUGAUGCAUGAUGACUGACGUGUGUUUGAGUUGUAUUUAGCAAUAAAGACUUAUUAGAAGCACAGACUUCGAACGGACUCGUAGCAAUAAUGAGACUGAGCGGUUCCUCUUGAAAGCAGGAAGCAUGAAGAGGAGCCUAAUGGACAGCAGAUGGAAGGUCAUUCGAUACUAGAAUAUUGUGUGUGCACGUGUGUGUGUGUGUGUGUGUGUGUGUGUGUGUGUGUGUGUGUGUGUGUGUGUGUGUGUGUGUGUGUGUGUGUGUGUGUGUGUGUGUGUGUGUGUGUGUGUGUGUGUGAGUGAGUGCAAUGUGGUCUUAAACGAAUAGUUCAACAUUUCAGGAAACAUGCUUAUUCACUUUCUUGCCAAGAGUUAGAUUAAUGCAUAUGAAGCUACAGCCAGAGGAGAGUUACUUUAGUCCUUAACUUGUGGCAAGAAAAUUAAAUAUGUUCCUCAAAAUGUCAAACUAUCCCUUUAAAUACAUUGCGUUUUCAUGUAGGCUAUGGAUGUACACAAUUAAUCGAGUGUGUUGAAAUCAUUUUUUAUCGUAUAUUUUGUUUUAUAUUGUAUUUUUCAUUGCUACCAAACCUAAAAAAAAAACCUUUUUGGCCCUAUUUUUCAUUUCUAUUCUUCUAACAAAUGAAGCAAGCGUCAGCGUAGCGAUCACAUUUCUGUUCUUUUGCAAUCUCGGUUCUGAUCGGAUCGGGCUAUUUCUGACUUUCCCCAGCAAGAAUCGUCUGCAACAAUUCAUUCUGUGUUUUACGAGGAGCGGUGUCAGCUCAACUGUUGCUUAAUAAUGGAGUUUAGACCACAGACUUCUAAAACAAAUCACAGAAGUAGUAGUGGUAUCCUUGUGGAUUUAGAAUAAUUGCCAGUUCAGUCAAAUUGAUUUAAGAGGAUUGACUGAAAGGUUUAGUGUGGAGAGCCAAAGAGUAGAAGGUGAGCGCCCUUAUUUUAAAACAAGCCAUUUCUGAAGAUUUUUAAAGCUUGUGUGUUUUGCGGUCUUUUGUCCAAACUAUGAGACUGAAUGAAGUGAGCAUCCUCUUCAGAUUCCAGUCAGAAAUCUCAUUUCAACUUAAUUCUAUUUAUACAAUAUUCUACCUGAAGUAUAUCUAAGGCAACACCUCUUUGAAGCACUGGAACUCCCUCAUGUUAUGCACUAACCGGGAAGCAGACGACAAACGUCUUGACCCAGUUAAGCUCUGAACCUCCAGCACCAGACAAGCAUUCACGGUUUGACUGUGGCGAAUCAAUUACUUUGCACAAUUUCUGAUUUUGGUGUUUAUCUGGAUCCACAUCAGAGGUGUGUGUCGUCCACAGGUGAACGCCUCCUCGGCACUGAAUGCUUUUGGUUAAAAAUGUAAAAUUCAAUGUUCAAUAUUCAAUAUUCAAAAUGCCUAAGGAGGUCUUCAUUUGAACUCGUGUGACAGAAAAGCAAAUUCUCUUUGGUCUGAGUUUGUCCUACAGCCUGUCAGCUGUGUGUAUGCAGCCAUAACAGUCUUUCCCACUGGAUCAGGUUACCUCUGCUUGUACUUUUUGCCUCCCCUCCUACAUGACAGAACUGACCUGCAUCUGCUUGCACAUAGUAUUAUUUACACCAUGCCUCUCCUUCACAAUUUAAUUCCCUCCUCAUUCCUUAUUUUAGUUUUAUGACUUACAUACACAGCUGGCUACGCACCCCAAAGUCGGGGGGAUUUUCCACAAUGACUGAAUCCAGAGUCUUUAUCAAAAAAAGUAACAUAAUUAAAAUAAACAUGUUGUGGCCGUGCUAGAGGUGAUGCUGUAUGUAUGUCAAUGCCUCAGCAAAUAUUUAAUGGAUUAAGGUGACAUUUGGUUUGACACUCAUCAUGUUUGGUUACUUUCCCUUCAGUGCCCAGCAGAACAUUUAUAUUUGUAAUAUUGAGUUAAGCCUCAACAGUAGCUAUCAAAUUAGGUACAAUCAUUUCCCCCUCAAUUAACCUGAAGAAACUAACCUCUUAACUUUUUUUUAUCUUGCUUAGUUAUCUGGUAGGAAUUCUAUUCUGUCCACUAGUUUGGUUUAGCAUGAUAGAAAACAUACCUGCUAAACAUCAACAUGGUAAUACUGAGAGCAUGUUAGUGGUGGCGUCACCAUGGCAAUAACUCUCAUCCGCAGCUUUUCAUGAAGCAAACAGGUCUAUCUAAAACACUUAAUUUGUAAUGUACAAUAUUAAAUAUGGUAUUAUAUUGAUUAUUUAUAUAGUACUAUAUAUUAUAGGAAGCAAAACCCCAAGUGUGGAGCUUUUGUCUCCCCCUUGUGGCAGUGAGAGUAAAUGCACAAACUCCAUUUAUAUGCUUAUGACAUAUCUAGACUUUAAUCCCUCCUCUGGGCAGAUUUUUUUUCUUUCCAUUUGAAGCAUCAUAAACUUUUCUUGGAUGCCUCCAAGGUAUUUCCUAAACCGGUUCUGUUAUACUUCUAGUGCCAUUAUUGCUACUGUUGCUCCCCUCUACAGCUCUGACAAACCAGUCAUUGCCAGUAGAUAUAAAUUUCUGCAUAAACCAGACUUUUAAAGAUUUAUAGUACAUGUAUAAAUCAACAUAAAAGUAAAUAUGGAGAACAGAGUUUAACAAAUCUUAACAGUAUUAUACUUGCUUAUGUAUUUAUUCUAAAAUGUGAUCUAAUGUUUCAUAUCUGUGAGUGGCAAAGGCAUGUGAACCUUUGCUCUCAGUGUCUGUCUCGGUGUGUUUCUGUGGUGUGACCGUCUUGCGCAACAAUAACUGCAAGUAAACAUUUCUGCUAACUGUUGAUUAGUUCUGCACAUCGGCUUACAGGAAUUUUAGUCCAUUCCUUUGCACAGAACAGCUCCGGCUCUGGGACGUUGGUGGGUUUCCUCCUCACCAACAGCGUUGUUCUUUCUCGAAACAUUGUGCUUCUAAUUUAAACCAUAAACCCUCUAUUUUGGUCUCAUCUGUCCAACAAAACACUUCCCAAAGCCUUGUGGCGUGACCAUAUGAUCUUUAGCAAACUGCAGAUAGACAGUAGUGUUCUAUUUUUAUUUUUUUUGGACAACAGUGGCUUGGCUCUUGGAGGGAUCUUUUGUCAGUCAAUCUCUCCUGGGCAAAGCAACAAGGAUCUAGAGUUUCCUCCAUUUGUACACAAUCUGUCUGACUGUGUGUGAUUGGUGGAGUCCAAACUCUUCAGGGAUGUUUCUGCAAUCUUUUCCAGCCUGAUGAGCAUCAACAACUCUUUUUCUGAGCUUCUUAGAAAUCUGCUUCGUUUGUGCCGUGACACACUUCCACAAACAUCCAGGCUUGCGUGCAUUCAUUGUGAGGAUCAGACUUUGAUAGACGCCUGUUCUUUAUAUCCCACUGAGCAUCUAUGUGCACAUGACUGUCAUCCCACUGACUGCCAGCACCUGACUAUCAUUUCACCUUCAGAUUAACUGCUAAUCCUGACUUUCACAUACGUUGCUACCCACAGAUAUGUAAUACCUGAUCAUGUUUCUCAAUAAAUGAAUGGCCAAGUGCAGUAUUUUUGUCUCAUUAUAUUAAAACUGGGUCCAUCUGCUCUUAAAUGAAAAUCUGAUGAUGUUUUCGGUCAAUUUAUGCAGAAAAUUCUAAACUCCCAAGCACCACUGUAAAACUAUAACACACAAAGAGACUGAUUUGGCACUGAUAGCCUUAAUCAGCAUUGUGUAAACUCAUGUGGCAAGAAUGUAACAGAUGUUCAUGUAUAAGUACAAGUCCCAUGCUCCAGCUUUAAAGCCUCUCUGCCAUAUUCUGUCUAGUAUAUGUACAAUGAGGCGGACAUUGCUCUUUGUAGUUGCACAAUGUUGAUUUCUUGUUGUUUGAAGUAAAUGUCUCAUAAUAUGAAUGUCAGAGUUGUCUAAAAGUAGCAAUGUGAGCUGUCUGUGCUGUCACGCUGCCACACUGGCCUCGGUUCCAAACCUCUGUGGCCAAAGUUUGUUAGUGGAAACCAGCAGCAAUUGUUUUGAGGGUACUUUCCUCAUCAAAAAAUAUAUUUGUAGGCAGCUGUAUAAACAUAGUAGAGGGCAGAUACUGUAGCAUCUAUCUAUCUAUCUAUCUAUCUAUCUAUCUAUCUAUCUAUCUAUCUAUCUAUCUAUCUUUGCAGUCAUUUAAAGCACAAUGAGAUUACAUUUACAGUCCAACUAUGAGGAUGGAAACUGCUGUAGAUUUCAACAAUCACAAAGACUGUGAAGAUGAUUAAGUAUUAAAGAAUGUAUAAAAACAUGAGCAUAAAUAUCAGCCUUUUGUAAAGAAUCGUAGAUUUUCUUUUUUUACUUUAUAGUGUUGUUAAAUUACAUUUGAUUUUUGAUAUAAGCUCAGUAUUUAUUUUUACAAGUGCUAUUGUAAGGAUCUAAUCAUGUCUUGAAAGACUACUGAAACAAUGAUUUUACUCUGUCUUCCUGUCUUUCUCCUUCUCUUGUUUUUAUAUUACUGCAAAUUAAUACUGCAGACGAAUGAAUGCUGUAUUUUAUUGACAGUUAAAUGGCUAUUGUUAUGGACUGUAUAUUUGCCUGUUGCACCUUGUGCAUGUCUCCCGUUCUUGUCUUUUUCCUGACAGAAUUGUAAAAAUAAACCUUUACAAUCAACGAA